UUGACCUGGCUGCAACUGCUUGAAGUAGAGAGUGUGUUUUCGUAGUUCAGCUUUAAUUUGACUUCAAAUGGAUGAACCCACAUCAAGAACAAUGAGUUCCUCAGAGAGUCUGAGAGAGUUUAUCACAGAGAGACUAACUGCUGCUGCUGAAGACAUUUUUGUAGUUUUUAAAAGAACUAUCGUCGAGUACGAGGAGGAGAUCGACCGUCAGCGCAGACUGCUGGAUGUCGUUCGGAAACCUCACGUCCAGCUACAAAAACUAGAUGUGCCACAGCAACAUGCCUGUAAGGAGGACCAGGAAAGGAAGUCCAGCCUGGACCAAGAGGAUCCAGAGCCUCCAUCAAUUCAAAAGAAACAGGAGGCAGAUACAUUGCCAUCGACUGGAAGUGAGCACUCAACAGAGCAACCAGCAGCUACAGGUGGAGAAACAUCUGUAAAUGAGGAGGAGAAAGGGACUGAUCCUCAGUGCAGAUGGUCGGAUGUCGUCAGGGACGCUCAAACCUCCACAAACAAAAUAGGUGAGGAGACGGACACAUCCAUAUUGACCAGCCAGAGCGAAGAAGCGCUCCAGAAUCAACAGCAGCUCCUUCCUAAUAACACUGAAAACAAAGACUCAGUGUCCAAAAAAAAGAAAAAAGCCAAGAAAAGAAAACGUCAGAAAAUGAAGACAUCCGAAAAUGACUGUAAUCAGCAAGAAGGUGAAAUAGCAAUGACACAUGUGUGCGAGAUUUGUGAGUUAACAUUUGACUCCAGGGCGCAGCUGACCAAUCACACAAAAACCCACAAAGCUGAGAAGCUUUAUCCAUGUGAGACAUGUGGGAAAACCUUCUCCUCUAGCUUUUUAUUCAAGUGCCACAUGAGAAGACACACAGGUGAGAGGCCGCACUCCUGCAGCACCUGUGGAAAAGGAUUCCUCAACAUGUCGAGCUUAGUGGCCCAUAAUAGAAUCCACACAGGUGAGAAGCCGUUUACCUGUGUGACAUGUGGCGUCUCUUUCAGAAUAAAAUCCAAACUGAACAUCCACAUGAGAUCACACACAGGUGAGCGGCCGUACUCCUGCAGCACCUGCGGAAGCACUUUCAGUAAGAUGUCAAACUUAAAUGUUCAUAAUAGAAUUCACACAGGUGAGAAGCCGUUUACCUGUGAAACAUGUGGCAUGGCUUUCAGAAUUAGAGCUCGGUUGAAAGUCCACAUGAAAACACACACAGCUGAGAAGCCGUACUCCUGCAGCAUCUGUGGGAUGUUAUUCACCCAGCAACAACAUUUAGAUGAUCACGCAAUAAUUCACACAGGUUAAAGAAACAUAUCGCAGGUCUGUUAGUUAUCGUUCUAUCUGGAUUGUUGAAAUGAGAAGAGCUCACAGGGGAGAGCUGGACUAGAAUGUUCUGAGACUCCUCUACUCUUCAACAGUACAUGAAAUCACAUGCAGACAAGUAUCUGUAAGUUUGCAGAUGAUUUGGAGGUGAUUUUGCUCGUGACAGAUCCAUUGUAUUAGUUUAACAGAAAACAGUUUCCCAUUAAUAAAGUUCACAUUGUCUUAGUUUAAACAUGCGUUUUCUUUACAAGAGUGCCAGCAGGAUGAUCUUUAUUUAUGACUCUGCUCCUGAUGAUAGCAGAGGCUUUAUGUUUCUGAGUCUUUAAUUUCUGAGCCAUUGUUGUGAACACGUUAGCUCAGGAACUGUUAUUAAACUUUGCACGUAUGUCCAGCGGGUGAUUACAUUUUCUUUUGUGCACAUUUGAACUUAAAGUGUUUCUGUGUUUGCUUAAUAAAAUCUUGA